AUGCGUGUCGCCGGUUUAUUCUUCUUAUUCAACCUCGCCCAAUUGUCUAGUGCUUUCAUUAUUCGAUCAUUUGUACCAGCGUGAGUUUGGGUUAACACUUUUUUCAUUCUUGGUUAGUUCGUUACUAGAUUUCAAACGCAAUUCAAAAUAUGACCUAAGUUUAGUUUAGGUAAGACCGGUCCAGUAAGGUCUGAAAAAUAAAGAGAAAUUUUGCGGACCUUCAUUAAAUCAAUACAUUCCAUAAUGAUUUUAACCGGGUCACGUCCCAGUUUCCAGUAAUUCACAAAGGAAACGAUGUGUCCAUUGUCAAUCUAAUUUUGGUUUAUUUGCAGGAAUGCAAAGUGCAACUCAACACUGGCGGUGAGCUGCUUUGCAGAGUUGUUUGGCAUGAUAUCGGAGGUGUGUCAACAGCGUGAAAUCUCCUUCCGGUGUGUCCAUUACACGGUGAGUCCACCACCCCGACAUCUUCCCUAUCAUCAUCAUUUCCUGGAUUUUUGUUGCAACUUUCGACUUUUGACUUCCUGUCCUUUUUUCAGUUCCUGGAUGAGUGCUUUGAGGCUCGAGUCGGCAAAUGUGAUGCGGCAUCAGUGGCAAAAGUGGGUGCGAUUGGAUACAAACACGCGUUGAGUGGUUGUCACUCAUCGAAGAAACAAAAAGCUGAAGGGGUAACAAUAAUUAAUCACUCUUGCAUGAAUCGUCAAAUAUUUAGACCCUACCAAUUCUGGGCGCACCUGCACAAACGUUUCCAUCGCCUGUACAAUUGAUUUCUGCCCUAGGAUACUUGCAAACUCAGUGCUCACUUAGUCGAAGCAAGAACUGCUCCAGUGACCAUGUCCACAACAUCAUGGGUCAAUGUGAAGAGCAAAUGAAACCGCUGGCUGGCUAUCCACAAUAUGAUCGACACAGAUUAUUGAGGUUUGUAUACAUUUCAAUGCAUUUUUCAAUGUUCCUUCCAAUGACCACUUGGGACUGUUUCUGAGUAUGUCUGAGUAUAGUUCUGAAGAUUCUGAAGAUCUCUCUCAUUUUACUCCAAAAGCUAAACAUUUGAAACAAUUUGAGAAUCUCCCUUGAAUUCCCUAAAAAUCUCUUUGGACACUCGGUGAAUUGCGUAGACUCACUCUGACUCAGUCUGAAUGAUAUUUCUGGAAAUUUCUGCAUUUUCAUGAGCAGAUCCCUCGUUUUUCAGAAUAAAAAUGGACACCUCAAGGAAGCUGCUAAUGUACGAUGAGACGGACAAAGAGCGCGAGUGUCUGGUUGUAAGGUCCACACUUUCGGAGAUGUACUCUCUCCACCACGCUAAUUGCUACCAUGUGAGCAAACUACACAUACACUUUCUUUGUCCUCAAAGAUACAACGUUUUUUCUGCAGUCUCUGGUCACUCGAUGUCUAUGCGAAAGAUUGCGGUUUGAUGUGCAAUGUGGGAUAAACUGUCACCAGUUGGAACCGACGUCACCAGAUCAGGACACACUGGCUUGGGAUGAGUGGAAGGAAGCGCGAUUGGUACAUGGCAAUGGCUCUGUCAAAUGUUAUCUCAAUUUUCCUGCAAUUCUAGCUCUUUCAAUUAUUGCGCUGCUUUUUCAAAGGUUAUGAUGGGUCUUUCUGUUGGUCUCCUUCCCAUUUUCCAUUGUUCUUCAAAUUAGAGUUGAUUAUAUUGCACUGUAACUUUUGGUCGGUUCAUUUCAGUCUUUGUAUGGGCCAAAACUUUUUUUUUCACCGAUUCUCUCAUAUCGAUGCCAGCUGAUGAAAUGAUAAUGAAACUAUAUUUGAUUAAAGGUUUUGCGGAAUGUAUGUGCAAAUGAAGAACUGGAUUUUAUCACAAAGCCAAACGAUCGAAAAAUGAGCUAAUCCCUGUCUGAUACCGAAACCGGAGCAGUCUCGGCCGUUUGAAACACAAUCACCAAAAAACUUUGACAAGGCAAACAUUGACCAUCACCAAAAACUGACCAAACCUCUCAUUAUCUCUCUCCCCCGUCACUUUUCAAAAAAAAAACACCUGAGUAAACAGGCUCAGAAAUAGUAUACAAUCAAUCUUCUUUCACUUUUUUCUCCCCGUGUUUUCCCGUUUCUUCAGUUGGAAGCUUACGCGUUCUCCCGUGUGUGUGUGUGUGUGUGUGGACUUGCCUCUUUAUUUGUGUGUACUUGAGCCCACGGGAGGUCGGAAAGAACAGAUUAAAAUCGUUAUGCAGGCAGUUUCUGAACAAUGGAAUUUAUUUCGAAACAUUCACAUUUCUUCUUGGCUCCGCCUACGAUAUAUGGAGCACACAACACGAAUGAUAUAAAGGGUGUUCGAGUGGUUGGCUUUUUGGUAACAUUCUGGAUAUCUGCUCAGUAUUAUCAUGAUCAGGUUUGUGGAGAUAGAAGAUUUAUAAAAAGUUAACUUUUUUAAAGAUUGAAUUGAUUUUGAGCAUAUUGGCCUAAUUCACGUUCAUUUCUAGCAAAAACCAAAUGAUAUUCAGAGUACUUGCGUGUUUUGCCCUUCUUGUCCCGUUCGUAAUCCCGUUCAGCUAUAACAGUGGCGGAAAUAUGGCUUGCAUUGUCACGGUACACAUAAAUUGGUUCCUUACCAUAGUACCAUCUCCAAAAUUUAUAGAAAAAUUUGCUAUUCUCCCAAGGAAACUUGAUCCGUCAGCUGAAGAAAGAAGAAGUGGACGCAUUCAAAAAGUACAAGAAGGAACUUCAUCUUUUCAAUACAGUGAGUCAAUAUUCCAGAUACUUUUGGAAGCAGGGUUUUCCAGAACAUUUUAUUCUUACAGAAGAUCAACGAGGCUUUUGAUAAAGCCGAAGAGAAUGAAGCCAAGAAUGCGACAGUACCCCCAAUGCCGAUUCGCCCGUUGUUGCCGUCUUUCUGUACCGGUCCCGACACUACUAUGUACAUUUUUGGAGCUUGCACUGUUCAGGUAGAACACCUUUAUUAUUGCAUUUCGAAUUUUACGUCCAAGUUUUAGAACAACAAGGUGUACAUUGGCAGUGUUCUGGCUCGAGAGCUCGAUGACAAGGAGAAAGUGAAAUUGUCUGAUUUUGCCAAAAAAUUGGCUGCAGUCAAACCGGGAACCACUCCACCAACGGAUAUUUACAAAGGACUCGAGUUCUGUACGGAACUAUGA